AUGCGCGCUAUUGAUUUGCCGCAACAAACAUCCUCGCCCUGCCCUGUGUCCAAGCUGCUUUCCAUGCCGCGAGCCACACCCGAGGUGAUGAGUGCCAUGGAGCGGGCGAGUGAAUGGCUGAUUGCGUUUCAAUGCCUCUCGGAGAUGGAACGACAGGAGGUGCAGCCGAACACGAUCAGUUACAACGCGGCAUUGAGCGCAUGUGAGAAGUCCCAGGAGUGGUCCUGGGCCCUGCUGCUGAUGGUGUCCAUGGGAACCGUCGGGAUCCAGGCAGACGUCGUGACGGUGAGCGCGACGUUGAGCGCCCUGGAGAAGGGCAGCCGGUGGAGAGGAGCUCAUCGGCUAUUAGGAGCGAUGCCUUUGCAGGCGUUGCAGCCGGACGUCAUUUGCCAGAACGCGGCCAUUCGCUCCAGCACGGGCCACCUCGUUUGGUCCAGCGCCUGCGACCUGCUCCGGGCGUUGACCAGGGCAUCGCUGCAGCCGAGCAGGAACAGCUUCAAUGCGGUCAUCUCUGCAUGCGCUUCAGGCGAUGAGUGGCAGCUGAGCCUUUGCUUGCUGGAAGAGAUGAGAACUUCGGUCGUUGCUGAUGCUGUGAGCUUCAGCGCUGCGAUGGCAGCCCUGGAAGCGCAGAGUCUGUGGCACGUGGCACUGGCACUGCUCGCUGCGGCCCGGAGUGGUCACGGCGGCCGCAUGCGCGGCCGCACGAGGGAAGAGCUGAAGACGUUGGAUGCGGUUUGCUUCAACAGCGCGGUGCAGGUGUGUGCUGCGGCCAGACGCUGGGCCGAAGCACUCGAACUCUUCGGGGACUUGUCGCAACUGUUUGGGCCAACGAAGCUGGCCUUGGAUGCCUGCCUGGAUGCUUGUUUGGAGGUCUGGCCACAGGCCUUCCACCUCCUCGCGACCGCGACGAGUUCCUCGACGAGUUCGUGUGACCCGCAUUCACACGUCUCGCGUCACCUGCGGCUAGAGCUCCAGCCCCAGGACGAGGUGAGCUACGGUCUUCUGUUCAACGCGCUCGAGACGAGCGGAGCUUGGGAGGCAGCAAUCCAAGCUUUGCAUGAUCUCACGCGCGAGCAAGUGCGUCCGAACGCCAUCAUGUUUGGCCGCUGCAUGAGCUGUGGAGGACACCUCACGCCCAAGCACUGGCUGAACGAGAUGAUCCGGCAGGGUGUUGAGCUCCAUUGCUUCGCCUAUACUGCCUGCAUCAAGUCGGCGUCUACUUGGGCAGAAGCCAUCCUGCUCUACGAAGAUCUUCUGGAAAGAGACUUGAAACCUGACUUGGUGAUCUUCAGCAGCCUGGUGGAAGCGUGCGAGCACCUUGGCAGCGAGCCUGGUGGGUGCGAUGAGGAAGAAGUGUUUUCGGGCAACGAGCUCGGAGGGCUGGCGGGCCUGGUGCGCCUGGCAGGCAGAGCCCUCGCGAGCCGCACUGGGACCCAGGGCAUCCUUGAUCCAUCGAGCGAGCUGCGCCUUCAGCGCAGCCCGAUCGUGGCCAUGGAUGAGGCGACGGCGCGCGCGGCGACGCAGCGGCUACGGCGCAGUUGCGUGCAGAUGAAAGAGCUGGAUGCCGCCUGGGAAUUACUCGAGGUCCUUUGUGCCAGCCGCCUGCGCUCCAAUGCCUUUCACCUGGGCGCGAUGUGCGGAGCCUUUGCGCAGUCCAAUGCUUGGCGCUUGGCCUUUGGGGCCGUCCAACGGAUGGAGACAAGGACGGUGCCGGUGGACCUGAUCGCCUCCAACGCGGCGCUGCAUAGCCUGGAGCCCAGGAGUGGUGCGAGCCUGUGGCGUCGAAGCCUGGAAGCAGCCCGCCAAGCGGAGCUGCAGGAGCUCACGGAUGAGAUUUCGAGCAACUGUUGCAUCAACCACUGUGCCAAAGGUGCGCAGUGGCAGAGGUCAAUGCAGUUGCUCUUGUCGUGUCUUUGGAGGCGCAUGUGCGUCGACACCUUUGGAUGCAGCAGCGCCAUUGAUGGGCUCAGUGCCGAUGGGUGGCAGAGGGCAUGGUCUUUGCUUCGCCAGAUGCCUCGCUGGAAUUUGAUGCCGGAUGAAUUCAGCCUGGCCAGCGCCGCCCAGUGCCUCAGCGGGCAAUGGCGGAGGGCUCUAGCGGCGGGCCUGGCCUCGAGCUUGCAUCGCUUGCGCCGCAGCGAGGUGAUGUAUGGCUCGAUGAUCCAGAGCUGCGAGCUGGCCUCCCUGUGGCGCAGGGCCUUCGCUCUCGGCAGUGGCUGCUCCGUGAUUGGAAUGAGCACUGCGCUGACUGCAGGCGCACAAGCGGCCCAGUGGCUGGCGUCGUUGCACGGUUUCUCCCAGAUGAGCAGCGGGUCUAUUCAGCUUGAUGAGAUUUCCUGUGGAGCGACCAUCAGCGCCUGUGAGAAGGGCCAAACAUGGGCCAUGGCCCUGGAGUUACUGAGUGAUGCCUUCACGAAGCAAUUCGCUCAGCACAUUGUCACUUGGAAUUCAGCUGUCAGCAGCUGUGAGCGCUUCAGCCUUUGGUUCAGCUGCUUAGCGCUCUUGUCCUCAGCCAAGGAUGCAGGACGCCAGGCGGAUGCCAUCAGUCGUGCUUCAGUGGCCAGCGCUUGUGGCAAGGGAGGCCGCUGGCGCUGGGCGCUGCAAGAGGCAGAUCUCAGCAGCGAGGGAAGCGAUGGCGUGAUCUACAAUUCGUUGAUCUUCGCCUGCGUCCGCGGCUGGGCGCCUUUCGCAGCUCUGCAGCUUUGCCAUCAGCAGCCGGCGGACGCAGAAGACGACCCGGCCACGUAUGAAUGCCUACUGACCAUCUACGAGGCAAUGCAAGAUUCCUUUGCCUUGCUCGAAACCUUGCACACCCUGCGCCGCGCAGCGCGGGCGGCGACCCGUCGACGCUGUUCGGUGCAGGCCAUGGACGUCUUAGCCGAGUGUACCGCGCACGCCUUCUUCCACGAAGCAUCAGCGUAUCGGGCCGCCCUGCGGGCCGCCUGUGGAACGCUGGACCUUCCAAGGCUGGUGCAUGAGGCGGAGCUGCUGUGUGUCAACAAGUUCCAUCAGAGCCUCAAGUUUGCUUUGAAGGAAGGAAGCGAUAAGAAGAAAGAGUGGAAGAGCCUUCGAUUCCACCAGCGCGUGGCUUGGAGAAGCGAGUGGACUAAGAAACUUCCAAAAGGCCUACCUGGACUUCCAGAGAACCAGAGAAAGUCCAAGAUUGCAUCAUCGGCUGUGUAUCGGCCACCAGCUGCAGAAGAGAGCGAGGAAGAAGACCCUGAAGAAGACGAUCCAGUGAUUGAUCGAGAUCUAGGUUUGGCAGUGACAUUGAAGCUGAGCUUGAACUGUUUGAAAAGAACAUCCGUAGAUACGAGCAAGAAUCCGGUAAAGCGCUGGAUGAUGAGGUUCAGCAGGAUCCACGAACAGGUACCGAAAAGGGUGCUGAUCUUGGCCAAAGCCGACCUUAAAGGUGAGAGCUCAGUAGAGAUUCGCACCUUACCUGGGGAGAUUAUCGGCUCGGUCCGGGCGGAUAUGUCAGGCCAGAUGUUUGACAUUUUGGAAGCUGCCACACGAAUGCAUGAUUUGGUCCAUCCUCAAUAUGAUUUGAGCUUCAUGCAGUUCUGCAUUGGGGAGACCUAUGUCCAUCCCAACUCCUGGACAACGCGCGCAGAUUCCUUCUUCAAUCAACCAGUACAUGUCCAACGUGCAAACAACUUGGUGGAGGAACAGAAGCGGCGCAACCAGGAGCUGGCAAAGCAGCGCAAGGAACUUACUGAGAAAGAGAAAGCUCUCAAGAAGCAGGCGAAGGAGCAGGAGAGGUCUCAAAAUCAGACUGACAAGGUCACGGUCUGUGUGUGGUUGUUCUGCAUCAUGGAUGCCCCAGCUCCCACCUUGCUGGAGAACAUAGAGACAGUUCCGGCUGACAUUAUGGUGGCAGCUGAAGAUUUGAAACCAGACCAAGCAGAUGAGGAUUCGACAAACACGGGUCCACGAUGUCAGAAGUGUGAUUCACCAGUGCAAGCAGACCAGCAGGUGAUCAAACAUGUGACCAAGAUCCCGCACAACAAGGUUCUCUGCCGAAGCUGCCAUGCUGUCCAAACCAUGAUGGCCAGAAGCUUGGAAGGAUUACCAGCCGGCUGGGAUCAACUCUCGGAGGAGGAAAGCAUUUCCUUUUACAAGAACAUGUUGCAGAAGAAGGGUGACGGCCCUCUGCGGUUCCAACUCCUGCGGGCAGAGAUGAAGGCCGCCCUGAUUCACCGUUCAAUGGAAGAGACCAAAAAGGGCUUCAAUGGAGAGUUCCACCCAUUGGGAUACUGGGAGAAGCGUGGCUAUGACACGUCCUUGAUCCAGCAACGUGCCGAGACCAUGGAGCACCCCGUCCUGGGCCAGACCUAUCGCGUCGACAUUUCCCACGUGUCCACCGACACAAUCAACCAAAGGGUGGAAGAAGCCCUUCAGUUGGUGGACAAAAGUGUGAAGCGCAAGCGCAUCCCCAAGGCCAAGGCAAGUUCGAAAAGACGCAACAAAGGCGAAGAACCGCAGGAGCCAGCUGAGCAAGUCCCUGUGGAUCCUAUCCUCUUGGAUUUGGUGGAUCUUGAGAGCGAUGAUGAAGUCAUGGUGGUGAAUGGGAGCGGGAUGACGGAUAAGCAAAGGCUGGCCAAGGAGAAAAGGGAACAGGCCAAAGUUGCAAGGCAGGCCGCAAAAGACGCUGUCAGGGACUCCAAGAUUGCUACCAAUGUGGCUUCCAAAGCUCUGACAUGCUUGAACCCGGUGCUUGACCGCCUGCAAAAGGCCUCAAAGAAUCUGACAGAUGCUGUUGACCCAAUGAUUGUGGAUCAAUUGAAAGAGAAGGUGGAGCUGGCAGAGCAAGUCGUCACCGAGGCACAAGCCAUCCUGAAGAAGGUGGGUUCAGGAAAGCAAGCUGCUUUGAGUGAAAUCGCCAUCACCAGCGACAAAGCUUUGGCGGCCGAGAUCAAGGCUAUGAACGAAGUUCUCAAAUCCAUCAAUCUUGCAAAGAAGUCCUCCAAGAAGUGA